AUGGCUACAUUUGCUUAUGCCACCGCCAUUGCUGCCUUCCUCAUCCUCCUUCCACUAUCUUGCUAUUCCGAAUCGAUAUUGGACCACCACCACCACGACCGCUCCUCCUCCGUCCCUCAAUCGGAUGUCGAUCUUUUGGAGUUUCCUUUGAAUUUAGAGUAUUUGGAAGCUGAGUUCUUUUUGUAUGGUGCUUUCGGGCAUGGCUUGGACACAGUUGAUCCGAGCUUAACCCUAGGAGGUCCAACUCCCAUUGGUGCUAAAAGGGCACAGUUGGACCACUUCACUAGGGAUGUCAUCGAGCAAUUUGGAUGGCAAGAAGUUGGACAUUUGAGAGCCAUUAAGAAAACAGUGAAGGGUUUCCCAAGGCCAUUGUUGAAUUUAAGUGCAGAAUCAUUUGCUCAUGUGUUUGAUUCUGCAUUUGGGAGUCCCUUAAAUCCACCAUUUGACCCUUAUGCCAAUUCAAUCAACUAUCUCCUUGCAUCCUAUUUGAUUCCUUAUGUUGGUCUCACUGGCUAUGUUGGUGCAAGCCCUAAGCUCCAAGGUGCUACUUCCAAAAGGCUAGUUGCAGGUCUUUUGGGCGUGGAAUCAGGCCAAGAUGCAGUAAUUCGAGCACUGCUAUAUGAGCACGCGAACUUGAUAGUGAAACCGUAUGGUAUUACAGUGGCCGAGUUCACGGGUCGUCUUUCGGAUCUAAGAAAUAAGCUAGGACGCACAGGUUUGAAAGAUGAAGGCCUUGUGGUUCACGAAUACAUAGGCGCUGAGGGAAAAAUUAGCGGCAACAUUCUCGCUGGAGACAAGUACUCAGUCGCAUAUGACAGGACUCCAGAGGAGAUCCUAAGGAUCGUAUAUGGUAGCGGCGAUGAACGUGUCACUGGCGGUAUCUACCCUAAAGGAGCUGACGGCCGGAUUGCUAAAUCUUAUUUGAAAAAGGAAUAG